AUGCCCAUGGGCCUGACCAACUCCCCUGCUACAUUCCAACGUGUAAUGGAGCUGGUUCUGCGCGGACUCCCGUGGCAGGUCUGUAUGGUGUACUUGGACGAUGUGUUAAUAUUCAGUCCUACGUUUGAGGAGCACCUGUCCAACCUGCGGGAGGUGUUUUCUCGUAUCCAGGCAGCGGGUCUCAAGCUCAAUCCCCAGAAGUGUCACCUGGCUCGGGAUCAUGUGGUGUUCCUUGGCCACGUUGUUUCCAGUCGGGGCCUGCAGCCGGACCCCAGGAACACUAACAAGGUCAAGUCAUGGCCCACACCGCGUUCGCCCACAGAGGACCCAUCCGGAAAGAGGGCCCGGUGGAUCCUUGAACUGGACCCGUAUAACUGGAGUAUGCAGCACAAGGAGGGGCGCCGUCAUACUAAUGCGGAUGCCCUCUCACGGCGCCCCGAAGAGGUCCUGGGCCCUGCCCCCCUGGUCAAUGUGAUAAGCUCCUCUCCAGCGCCACACUCCGCUCCUAUUGAUGCCCAGGUCAGGGUGCACUUUCCUCCGGUGCCCUCUCUGCCGGUGCCCUCUCCGCCUGUGCCCUCUCCGCCUGUGCCCUCUCCGCCUGCGCCCUCUCCACCUGCGCCCUCUCCACCUGCGCCCUCUCCACCUGCGCCCUCUCCACCCGGGGCUCCUCCUGUGGGUGGAGAACGCUGGCAUUCACUGAUGGGUGACAGUGAUUAUAUUGCCAGGCUUCAGAGGGAAGAUCCGGACAUUGGUACUGUAUUGGACUGGAUCAGGGCUGGGGGUUCUCGUCCACCAAGGGGGCAGUUGCGUGGCUCGCGGUGGCUGCGGAAAUUGUGGGCGGAGUUCCCCAGGCUUUCCCUGGUGGGGGAGCUUCUUUGCCGGACAGUUUAUCCCUCUCCUGUGGGGGAACCCCAGCAUCAAGUUGUGGUGCCGGCAUCGCUGGUUCCAGAGUUGUUAAGCCAGUUGCACGGCGGCCCUGUUUCUGCACAUUUUUCAGCGGAGAGAGUGUGGACGCAGGCCAGGACGGUCUGUUAUUGGCCCUCCAUGCUCAAAGACAUUAGGCAGUGGUGUGAACAGUGUGUACCAUGUCAGACUCGCAAAGCCCCUGUACCUAAACACAGGGCUCCGAUGGGAGGGUUGCAGACUGUGCGUCCGUUUCAGCGUGUGGCUAUGGACAUUUUGGAACUUCCGUCGCCCAUCUGGUGCCCGCCCUGGUCUGACCUGUGGGUCUCCUGA